UACAAGGCAAGAGAGUGGAAGGUAUCGCGCGUUUUUCUCGCGGACUUACUCGUCCGCAGGUUUCAUAUGGUUUAGUCGUCGUAAUAUAUUUCGUGGAAUUCAACUUCAAGGACUAGAACCUUUCAGCAAGAAUUCACUACAACGGGUACCUGCCAUCUAUAAAAGUCGCAUCAAUAGGUUCCACCUCUGGCGUGCGCACGAGCAUGAAAGCUUGCGCGGGCGUGGCUUGCGCGAAUGCGCAGCGCCAAAAGGCAGCGAAGCACGAGUGCUGGCACGUGGCAGUGAUCGCCUGCCUACUGGCCUGCCUCGCCUCUGCCCUGGCUCGGUCAUCGGGUUUCCUGUACAUCGGCAUCAUGGAGCAAUACGACGCUGAUCACGCGGAGGCAUCGUGGCCCAUCGCUGUGGCAGCCGUGUUAAACAACAUGGCCGGGCUCGUGGCGGGACCUAUAUGCCAGAAGAUUGGCGCAGUCCCCGUCCUGCAAGCAGGAUGCGUCAUCAUGUGGGUAUCGCUUAUCACCAGCAGCUUUUCCCGAAGCAUUACUGGACUGACAUUCACCAUGGGUGCCUUGUUUGGAAUCGGCUCUGGUACCACGUUCAUUACACUGCACGUCUUAGUGAAUCAGAAUUUCAAGAAAUACAAAGGGCUUGCGCUCGGGAUCAUGUACACCGGCUGUACGGCCUCUGCCUUCAUUUUCCCUAGACUCCUGCUCUUCCUUACCAAUGCCUACGGCUUUCGAGGAAGCAUGCUAAUAUACGGUGGUAUCACGAUGCACGCAACCGCCCUGGCCUUGCUGCUAAAGAAGCCAGACUCGACACACCAUAACAGUGAGCACAAAAAGUCCACGGAUGCAGAAAAGAAAGCGGGGAUCUUUACUGUUGAAAGAAAAGAGAGCAACAAUUUACAAACUCCUGGCGAAGAAGCAACCGCCAACAAGACACCACCGGACCAUACUAGUUUAUUAUACGGUAUGACGGUGUUGAGGAGUCCCAUGCUCUACGUCAUUUUGUUCACGUACACCGUUUUAUUCUUCAACUAUGGCGUGUUUAUGACAACUAUUGUGGACUUUGCCGUCGACCGGGGUUCUUCAGUUGCCAGCGCAGUGAACCUCGUGCCGCUCUUUUCUAUCACGGACACUGUGGGGCGUCUGGGCCUUCCCGUGCUGGCAGACCGUGGAUACAUACGCCGCAGUACUCUGACAAUGCUCAACUAUUCGCUCAUGGCGGUCUGCAUGUUCGCACUGCCUUUCUCUUCGUCGUAUGCUACCCUGCUGGGCGUGUGCAUGUUCGUGGCGCUGUUCCAGGGAUGCGGUAUUCCUCUCUAUCCCGCUCUCAUGGCUGAGUACAUCGGGCUUGAAAGGCUGCCUAUUGGCUACGGCAUCGUGGGAACAGUGGCGGGUCCAUUGUUCCUAUUGAACCCAUUAUACAUUGGCUACUUCAGGGACAAGAGAGGUUCCUACGACGACAUCUAUAAGGUUCAAUCCUUAACCCUAAUUCUGCUUGGAGUCACCUGGAUGAUCGUCGUCUGUGCCGAAAGGAGAAGAAAAGGAACUUCGACCCAAUGCCGCAACAACGGAGAGAACUCGCACAUCGUUUCCAGUUCUUCAUCUCUUCACUCCUCGGGAAAAUAUCAGUCGUUUUCGUGCUCGUAAACAUAAUUCUUUACAGCAAGCGGCCUGCUUGGAACUGUUAAUCGUGACGUGCAAUGCGCGGUUGAGCCACAGAACCGUAACUACUUCUGUGCAGUGCGAUUCCUUAUGGCGCCAUACUGACGCCUAUGGAUAUUAAAGUUCUAGAAAAAAAAAAUAGACACACAGAUACAUUGGCACUCUCACCAUAAUUCGAAUGACAGGGAAGUUGAGUGCGAAUGGGAGGUUUAACCUGUCAGCAUUUGAGGCAAGGGACACACUACUUCGGGCGAUUCGAUCCCCAACGCACGAUGAAGUGCUGUUUCUUGUGUAACAGUGCUUGGUGAAGUAAAUGACUCACAAGGCUCUGGCACUUGUAUAAAUAUAUUAAAAUCUAGUCUGCGCAUUCCAUUUCUUCAAAAAGAUAGCGAUAUACCGGCGUUCAUAGAUAAAAAAAAAACAUGCGUAUCUCAGGCCGCUGUCUCGUGGGCUCCUCGUGCAGUUUACCAUCUCUAUUUCAAUUGGCACAUAGGCACGCUGGCGUGCAUGUCUGGGUAUAAAAGGAUGAGGCAUUUCGGCCUCCGGAGUGACAACGGUACUGCGGUACUAAGUGAGUGGCAGUAAAACGUGUUACGUCGAUAGCGUUUUUGUUCCGUCCGACUUGACGCUACAGACGAGUGACUGGAAUACGUGCAUGUAUAUCGCUGGAGUUUGUGACCUUCCAAAUGAUGCACUCGUCACCUCAAUCUCUGCCGUUUAUUUUCUUUUUUUUUGUGCUCGGCGUGUGAAGGUACUGAGCCCUGAAUGACAAAAAAAAAUUAUGGAAUGAAAUUUAACGCUAGGCUCGCUGCGCGAAAAAUUGGCAGACUUAAGACAACCCUUAGUCAAUUGCUGUCCUAAGCAACUCGCUUUCAUCUUUAAAUACGUACCAUUUAGGAAAUGUUAGCGC